AUGCGGGUAAGGAAGGAACCGACGGUAAUGGUCAGCGAAGAAGCGGCGGAGCUACGGCUUCGGAAGGAGACGACGAUGACUGGGGUUGAGGUUUGCGAGGUUGAUUUGACGGUUCGGAGGACCGAGGUGGAGUUUACGGUUCCUACUGGGCGUGGUCACAGAGAAGAAGGGCAUAGCAAAGCAAGAAGGAGGUUGCUGUUCUGGGAAGAACUACUCAACAUCUGGUCCCACCUCAUCGGCGCCCUCAUCUUCCUCCCCCUCCCCUACUACAUGUUCAUCACCUCCCUCCCCCCACGCUACGCCCUCGCCACACCCUUCGACAUCCUCGUCUGCUCAGCCUGGUUCCUCGGCGUAGCAACCUGCUUCAUCCUCUCCGUAACAUUCCACACCCUCGCCUCCCACAGCGAAUCUGUCCACGAACGAACCCUCCGCCUCGACUUCCAGGGCGUCCUGAUCCUCAUGCUGGGCUCCACGCUCUCCCUCACCACUUACUCGACGUGCCAUCGCACUACAACGCGCCGUCUCGCGCACCACGCCGUUAAUUUCGCUCUUGGGAUAUCGGCGAGCUUGGCGACGGGGAGUUCCGCGUUGGGUGAGGCGCAUCUGGGUCGUUGGAGGGCUGUGCUGUUUUCUUUGUUUGGUGGGGGUGUGUUCGUCGUGCCGGUUUGGUGGGCGUCGGGGGAGGAUGUGGAGGGGUUGGGGGUUUGGUAUACGCUGGGGACGGCGGCGUUUAAUGCUUUGGGGAUGGGGGCUUAUCUGGCCAAGUUUCCGGAGAAGUGGUGGCCAGGGAGGUUUGACAUCUUUGGGGCGAGUCAUCAGAUUAUGCAUGUUUGUGCAUGGGGAAGGAAAGUGUCCGGCUCCAUUAUGAAGGGAUGA